CUGUCAUUACCCUUUUAAUUUUUUUUCUUUUUUAAAAUUAUUUUAUCCUAAAAUGUCUGAGUUUGAUGUAUUUAAUCCUUUACAAAAUUUUACCUUACGUUUUACAGAAGAGCAAUUAUCUGAAAUCAUUGACUGGUUUGAUAAGGAAUCUAAGCCUCUACUUGUAAUAAAUGAUGGAGAACCAAUAAAUGUUAUUACUAUAGAGGAUUUAAGACAAUUUUUAGAAUUGAAGAAAUUCCAUAGACGGUCUUUUCAUUAUCCAAGUUAUUUGGAAAUAAUGAAAGAAGCUGAAAAUCUAAAUGCGGGAAUCAGCAGAAUGCUUACUGUGGAACAAGUCUUAUACAUGUUAGACAAAUGGAUUAUAGAACCAGAAAUUAAACAUGAAUUAAAGUUAGCUUUUAAGGUUUUCGACACAGAAAAACGGAAUUUUUUAGAAAUCGAUGACAUACGGGUUAUUGUUAGUUCGUAUGGGGAAGCUUUUAAUGAAAACGAAAUUAGAGAAAUGCUUCGUGAUGCAAAUGUGCGCGGCGACGGCAAUGUUUUUUAUGAUGACUUUGUUGAAAGUCUCUUUAAUGUCGCACCCGAAUUGUAUGACUUAAAGGCUGAAUAUUUAUAUGAAAAUGCUGAUGAAGAUCCUUCUGUACCUCCUGAGCCUGUUAUAGAAGAGGAAGAAGAACCACCGGUGGAGAAAGGAAAGGUUCCAGCUGCGAAGGAAGAAAAGAAAUAAUAAAAAAAUCUUUUUGUCAUUGCAAUGUAAAUAAAUUUUCCUGCUGAUGUUCGACCACA